UACAUUUCAAAUGUGCUAAACGAUACUUUGAAAGAGUUUUCUAGAAUUCAUAAGUGUACUUAAAAUAUGGUUGUACUAUUUAUACUGAUCGCUGCAGCACUGACCAACACACUUGCUUCAGAUGACGAGGACUUGGAUAUUGUUACGGAAGCACCGAUCCCGGUGACGGAGGUUGAGGCAGUGCUGGGAGCAACAGUCAAGCUGCCGUGUGAUCUCUCCCUCCCAACCGACAACGACAGGCUGUCACUCAUCAUCUGGUACAAGAACGGCGCCAAGACUCCAAUUUACAGUUUGGACGUACGGGAGCGUGGGCUGGGCCAGGGUAAGGAGAUCAAGCAGACGGAGGGUGCGAUGUCAUACUCCACCAACUUUCCUGAGAGUGUUCUGAUGUUAGAGGGUGUACGGGACCAGGACCGCGGCCUAUACAAGUGUCGCGUCGACUUCAAACACUCUCCUACCAGAAACGCACAUGUAAACCUCAGCAUCAUCGUUCCUCCGACGAGAGUGACCCUAGCAGACUAUUCAGGGCACACCCUGCCUCAGUCCACCGUAGGGCCCGUGGCUGAGGGCGUCGCUCUGGAAGUCGUAUGCAUCGCUCAUGGAGGUUGGCCGAGUCCACGACUGACGUGGUGGCAAGACAACGACAUGAUAGACGACUCCAUGGACCAGCCACAGGAAGGUCGAGUCAGCAACACUCUCACCAUCAACCCAGUGACUCGGGGACACUUGGACUCCAAGCUAGAGUGUCGGGCCAACAACAGCCCCCUGCUGGACCCCAUCGUCGUCUUGCUCACUCUCGAUAUACUAUUGAUCCCAGUUGAGGUGCGGCUCGUAGUAGUCAAUAUGCCUCUGAGUGCAGGCUCCACUUACGAGGUGGCAUGUCGUAGUGUUGGCUCCAAGCCACCUCCUAGCAUUACGUGGUGGCGCUCUGGCAAACAACUACAGGCUCCUACAAGGGUCGUGACUAGUGAGGAUGGUAACGUAACGACAAGUACUAUUUCACUAACAGUAAGCAUGGAAGACCACGGCCACACUCUGUCUUGCCGUGCAGUAAAUCCACACAUCCCUUCUAGCGCACUGGAGGACUCCUGGACCCUCAACACACACUACAGGCCCGUGGCGAGGGUGGAAGUAGGCAGCAGUCUCAACACUAGCACUCUCCGUGAAGGUAUGGACGUUUACCUGGAGUGUAAUGUGGACGCUAACCCUCAGCCGUCCAAGAUACAGUGGAUCCACGACGGUAAACCAGUGACGAACAACGCCAGUGCAGGGCUACUUAUCACCAACCACACAUUAGUUCUACAGGCAGUUAGAAGAGAGGGUUCCGGGGUGUACGAAUGUUCGGCUACCAACAUCGAGGGUGAAACCAAGAGUCCACCGUACAACCUCAAUAUUAAGUUCGAGCCCAAGUGCAAAGAGAGCCAACAGAGGGUGUAUGGCGCAGCUCGGCUGGAGGAGUUGGUAGUGUCGUGCGAGGUGGACGCCAACCCGUCAGCUGUGGAGUUCCACUGGCUGUUCAACAACUCAGUCAUCCACGAGAAGCCUGUUGAGGGCUCGGUGUCCAGCGGAGGUGGUGGUGAUCGCAGCGAAGCUCGCUACACCGCCUUCUCUGAGACCGACUUCGGCACGCUGCUCUGCUGGGCGCGUAAUGACGUCGGCUCCCAAAUAGUGCCUUGUGUCUUCCAUAUAGUACCAGCAGGAGUACCUGACCCACCAUACAACUGCAGUGUGGCCAAUCGCAGCCAGAACUGGGUGCACGUGAACUGCUGGCCCGGGUUUGACGGUGGAUUGCCACAACAGUUCACCGCCGAGCUGUGGCGGGCUGGCAAGGUGGUCAGCAACACCACUAGCAGGUCUCUGCCAGAGUUCACGUUGACCAGCCUGGAGCCCGGAGCCACGUACACUGUAUUUGUGUACUCCAGCAAUGUCAAGGGCCGCAGCAGUCACUCCGUCUCUGUUGAGACCUCCACUCUAGGACAUACGCAGACUCAUCGCAGAGUCACCCCAGAUUCCAGUCUGCCCACCAUGAACCCACUGCUACUGGUCAUCUCAGGCAUAGUGAUCGGCGUGUUGCUCAUGGUCGGACUGGUCCUGGUGGCGAUCGUUUGUGUCAAGCGACGGUCCAUCCAGGGGUCACCAGAGGUCAGCUCGAUACAGCUGGACAAGACCCACUCUCUCUUGUCCAUCACCGUGCCUUCCACCACACACGAGGACGACUGCAACCCUGACGUCAUACCUCACAAGACCGAAGGAGAGACAACCCUGCUGUCAGACACGGGUGAGGCCAUUAUUGAGGCCCAGUGGAUCUCAGCCACCGGGAUCAGUGCAACAGUAGCACUGCCUAAGGAGGCGCUACUGCCGGAUGCGUGGGGCGUCAGUGUGUGGCCGAGUGGUACACCUCUACAGAAGCUAGUAGUCCAAGGGCCUGUGCAGCGCAACGCCGGCACACAGACACUGGUACACAAGGAGAGCACCGUCUAGCAAGAGCUUCACGAGGCCUCUCAACGCACCACUUAGGUUGAGGACUCGUAAUGAGUUAAAAUGGUCUUUCCACGGACGGAUACAUGAGUUAGAAAGAUGACAUUCCUAUUCAGCGAGACAGGGAUAACUUGCCCAGUUCGUUGUAGAGUGGUUUUGCUAGGAAAAGAUAGUAAGGGGAAGCACUAGAGAUGUGUCUACCCCCAGCAGCGCUGCAGAGUGCCGGUGAUUUAUGCUGUGAUAGUUUUUACGUAACCACUUUAUUUUAUAGAAGAACAC